AUGGAUUUUUUAGAGGAUCUCAAAAAUAGGUUAGAUAUUCCUGGUUUUCCAUGGAAAAAGCUUGUCGUUUCAUUUAUUAUAGCACAAUAUACUUUUGAACAAUUUUUAAUGCUAAGACAAUAUAAGAAAUUAAAAGAAAAAAAACCUCCAAUUACAUUAGAAAAUAUUAUUGAUCAAGAGACAUUUGAUAAAAGUCAAACAUAUAGUCGUGUAAAAACUAAAUUUGGGUUUAUUGUUGAACUUUAUGGACUUAUUCAGAAAAUGUUAAUUAUAAAGUAUGAUGUCCUUCCUAAGCUCUAUGCCUAUGUUCAGUCAUUGAUAAAUCGUUUUUUUUCGGAAAAAAAUUCAGGAGAGAUCAUGUAUUCUUUAUUUUUUUUCUUUAUUUUAAAUAUAAGUGUCUUAAUUCUGAAUCUCCCUACUUCUAUUUAUUCAACAUUUGUUUUAGAAGAAAGAUUUGGAUUUAAUAAGCAGACACCCUCUCUCUUUAUCACUGAUUUGCUUAAAAGUCAAAUACUACUCAUUGUUAUUGGGGGGCCUGUUCUUUUUGUAUUUUUGAAAAUUGUCGCAUACUUUGGUCAAAUUUUUUUUUAUUAUCUUUGGCUUUUUGUACUCGUAUUUCAAAUUGUGAUGAUUUUAAUUUAUCCAGCUUUCAUUCAACCUUUAUUCAAUAAACUUACGCCUCUUCCUGAAGGAGAAUUAAAAACAAAGGUUGAAAAUUUAGCAUCAGAAUUGAAAUUUCCUCUUAAAAAAAUUUAUGUAAUCGAUGGAUCAAAAAGAAGUGCACAUAGUAAUGCAUAUUUUUUCGGUUUACCAUGGAAUAAACAUAUCGUUAUUUAUGAUACGUUAAUUGGAAAACUAGAAACUGUAGAAAUUGUAGCAAUUUUAGCACAUGAAUUAGGACACUGGGCAUUGUAUCAUGUAUCAAAAAUGUUAAUAAUUGCUCAAGUUCACAUAUUUUUUGUAUUCAUGUUGUUUUCUGUCUUCAUACAAAAUACAUCUCUUUACUACUCAUUUGGAUUUUAUUCAGACAUGCCAAUUUUAAUAGGAUUUGUUUUAUAUAAUGACAUUUUAACGCCUAUAAAUAGUAUUUUAACAUUUUUUAUCAAUAUUCUUAGCAGAAAAAAUGAAUUUCAAGCAGAUGCAUUUGCAGCCAAACUUAAUUAUACAAAUGAACUUUCACGUGCACUUAUAAAACUUCAUAUUCAAAAUUUAACUAAUAUGGAUGCAGAUUGGUUAUAUAGCAGCUAUCAUUACUCACAUCCAAUAUUAAGCGAACGUCUACGUUCUCUGGGGUAUACACAUGAAUCCAAAUGAGAGUAAUUCUUAGUAUUUUUUAUUCUUCCAUAAAAAAUUAUGUAUUAAUAUUUUUUUCAACAUAUA